AUGUAUUCCGAGCAGGGGAAUUCUGUUUUCAUGUUACUUUUGUUUCCUGAGAAAAAUGAAGCACAAACAAGACAUGUUUUGCCGUGCUGUGUGCCAGAGUGGUGGGCAGAGGCUGCAGGAAGGACUGCUGUGGGCAUAGCUGGGCACUGCAGGCCCACGAACAUCCCAGGUCCCCGAGUGGAGGGACCUGGACCCCAGGCGGAUGCAGAUGCCGCAGGGGAAUCCGCUGCUGCUGUCCUACACCCUGCAGGAGCUGCUGGCCAAGGACACGGUGCAGGUGGAGCUCAUCCCUGAGAAGAAGGGCCUGUUUCUGAAGCAUGUGGAGUACGAGGUCUCCAGCCAGCGCUUCAAGUCCUCUGUGUACAGACGCUACAAUGACUUCGUGGUCUUCCAUGAAGUGCUGCUUCACAAGUUCCCCUACCGCAUGGUACCAGCCCUUCCGCCCAAGAGAGUGCUGGGAGCCGACAGGGAAUUCAUCGAGGGCCGCCGGAGGGCCCUGAAGCGCUUUAUCAACCUGGUGGCCCGGCACCCGCCCUUUUCCGAGGACGUGCUCCUUAAACUCUUCCUCUCCUUCAGCGGCUCAGAUGUGCAGCACAAGCUCAAGGAGGCGGCCCAAUGCGUGGGAGAUGAGUUCACGAACUGUAAGCUGGCUCCUAGGGCCAAGGACUUCCUCCCAGCUGACAUCCAGACUCAAUUUGCCAUGAGCCGGGAGCUGAUUCGAAAUGUCUACAACAGUUUCUAUAAGCUUCGCGACAGAGCUGAGCGGAUUGCGACCCGGGCCAUUGACAAUGCUGCUGAUCUUCUCAUAUUUGGGAAGGAGCUCAGUGCUUUAGGCUCCGACACCACGCCUCUGCCCUCCUGGGCUGCUCUGCACCUCAGCACAUGGGGCUCCCUCAAGCAAGCGCUCAAGGGCCUGUCCGUGGAGUUCGCGCUGCUUGCGGACAAAGCUGCACAGCAGGGUAAGAAGGAGGAGAACGACGUGGUGGAGAAGCUGAACCUCUUCCUGGAUUUGCUGCAGUCCUACAAAGACCUGUGUGAGCGGCAUGAGAAGGGCGUGCUUCACAAGCAUCAGCGGGCCCUGCACAAGUACGGCCUGAUGAAGAGGCAGAUGAUGAGUGCAGCACAUGGCCGAGAGCCCGAGUCUGUGGAGCAGCUGGAGUCACGGAUCGUGGAGCAGGAGAACGUGAUCCAGACUAUGGAACUCCGAAACUACUUCUCCCUGUACUGCCUGCACCAGGAGACGCAGCUCGUCCACGUCUACCUGCCUCUCACAUCGCACAUCCUGGGGGCCUUCGUGAACUCCCAGAUCCAAGGGCACAAGGAGAUGAGCAAGGUGUGGAAUGACCUGAAGCCGAAGCUGAGCUGCCUCUUUGCUGGACCUCACAGUGUGCUGACGCCACCGCGCUCCCCGCAGGAGGAUGGCGUGUGUCCCCACUAGUGGCAAGGCCACGGCAGCGCUCCCUGUGGCCUCACUAAAACCUCUUUGCAAACAGUGUGUUCCUGGCUGAUUCCCUGCCGGCAGCCGCCAUUCCUGAGCUGCCUGUGGGCUGUGCUGGCGGGCUUUGUGCCCCCAGCCUGCCCCUCGGCCUGUUGAUCGGGUCGGUAGUGGGAAAUUAGGACUGGAUUGUGCUCCGUGCCCACAGUGCUAAGGGCCUUUUGUACCCAGUAAGUGGUGUCUAGGGGAGCCUAGGGGUUAACCUAGCAGCGAAAGAAUGGGAGGACCGGCCUGCCCUGUGGCCGGCAAGGAGCUGGUCGGUCUCUGAGGGUGGGAACAUAACUCUAGACUAGGGCCUGCAGACAUUCUGCGAGGAGUUUUGAGGCCAGGAGGGAGGUCUGACCCAGGAGGGGGUGAGUGUGCAGUGUUUGGAGUGUUGGAAGACAUAUUUCACUGCAGUGCUAUCCUUGGAGUGCAGGUCCAGGGCCUGUCAAGGUCCACAGUGGAGGAAGGCUCAGGGUCUUUUUGUGUUGGGUUUUGGAGGGUGGGAGUGAGCAGGGGUGUGGAGGAGCGCUGGAGAUAGGCAUCCGUGUGGGGUGCCCAGGCCUCGGUCAGGCAGCCGGUUCCACCUGGAUGUGAGCUGUUUCCUCCACUGACCCAAGUCUCACCCGCCCCUGUGCUGUAGUGCCCUAGGGCUCCCAAGUCUGAGAAAGAGCCAGCCUUUGCUUCAAAGGAACCAGGAGUCCCCUACCCUCUGGGCACCCCGCUGUGCUGUCCGAGCCUGUGUUGUGCCACAGCCAUUCUCGGGGCUGCAGAGGAUGAAGAAGCACAAGUCUCCCCGGAUCUGCCGCCUGCUUGUCCCCCUUCCUGGGCCGAGUGGGACCCAGCUGUGGCCUCAGCUGCACAGUCCUGGGCCAUUAGAGUGGGAGUGAAGGCAGGCUGGUUUCCUUGUGUUUUGGUGCUCCCUACUUGCUGUUAGCCACCCCGGCUGAAGAAGCUAGGCAGGGACAGUGGGGCUCCGGACACUGCUGUGUGGAUGCUGGGUAGAGGACUCAAGAAGCCGGUGCUGUGGGAUUCAGCUCUGAACGAAGCACUUUACGGACUGCGGGACUCAAUUACUGCCACACCUAAUAAACUGGACGUGUUUACAUAA